AAGCCACUCACAUGUGUUAUAUAGUGAGACACAUACACGAUUUGUUAAACCAAGGCAAAAAAAAAUGGAGGAGUUUUCCCCAACGGUAUCGUGCAGCCCAAGCUUCAGCUUCUACGCUUCCAGCGAAUGCGCCGAUGCCGCCGCUAAAGUUUCCCGCGAAAACCAGAGUUACAAUAUAACAGAUCAAUAUUCGGUUAAAGUUAACUCCGUCGAUGACUUCCAGUUGGAAACAUCAUCACCCUUACAUGAAGAGACCUUCGUCCACUUCCCGACGUUCAAACCAGUGUCCAGCGACACCGUUUCAAUGAUUAGAAAGAAAGACGUUGAUGCUGGAAUUGUCCCGGAGGAAGUAAGAUGGAGCACUCCGCCUUCGCCUUUAAGGUCGGAAUCUGAAGAAUUGGAUAAAUUCUCCGGAAAUUGUCUAUGGAAAUUGUCUACACUCGAAGGUUACGACGCAACCAAGACUUGCUUGCCGGACAUGAAACGGAAGGACAAAUCGGCGUCGAAAGGAGAUAAGAGAAGAAAGUCUUAUUUGCCUUACAGGCAAGAUUUGAUCGGAGUUUUUGCCGGGAUGCCAAGAUUACGUCAUUAA